AUGAGAGCAAGGCUCCAGGACUGGAUCAAGAGUAAGCUAGGACGCCGCAGUACGGACAACGGUUCUGUGGAGCAUGGCAAUCCAUCAAUUAUCGAAACUCUGCCUGGCUUGCCACAAAAUGUGGUGGGCACUUCGAUCAACCCUUGGAAUACGUUCAAGUCUAUGCUAGUACGCAGAGGCAUCAUUGGCCUGGAUUCGAUCCCUGAAGGAAGCAACGGUAUCAGUGCACAAGCUGAAAGCUUGUCAAGGCCGUCACUAUUCACCUCGAGUGCUUUCAGUCGGCUUCAAACACCUAUACCAGUUGAAGACAUUUUCUUCGAUGCGUGGAUACUCUCAGUCCAGCGGAUAUUUAUGAGAUCCUUCGUCAUCUUCAGUUACAGCAUUUGGCUAUAUAAUAUCCAUUAUACUGUACUAAUUCUGAUCUGUAUAUUUGCCAUCCGUUACGGUCUCCUCAGACUUGGAAUCAGGACAAUCUAUGGGAUUCCAAUACCAAAAAAGCACCGUCUACUAUUAGCCUUGAUCAAAUGGUAUCCAAAAUUUUGGGAGCAUAUCGCGUCGCGAGCUUGCCUGACUUCUGGUCGCCGCUCUUUCCUGACAUGGUUCUGGUGGUACAUAUACCUCUUGAUCGCAGACGGAGCCGAUUUCAAGCAAAAUUAUCUAGAAGCCUGGCGACAGCGUGAUGAGAGACUUCUUCACAUCUAUAUUCAGGAUAACCACCUCCACAUCCCAAUUCCGCCGACCCACAAUGACAAGAUUGUUUUGGAACGGAUUCGACUUUUCUAUGGAAUGGUUCAGGUAGAGCGGGGGCUCUUGGAGCUUUUAUUCCCAAAGCAAUUGGAAAGGAUUGACUGCGUAGAGAUGACUAAAGACACCUUUAUCUUAAUGCGUGAAGUAGAAACGCUUCAACUGGGACGCUACCAAGGCCGUCUAGUCAAUCUAUUUGAACAUCCAGAGUUCGGAGAAAGGACAAGUGCCAUUGCAGACAAAAUCCAUGCGCUAUCGAGGGACACUAUAGCAUUAAACUUCGUGCGGAAAUACAAUAUUGGCUCGAUAUCGAUGAUCCUGGCAUUUCCACCGCUUGGCUCUAUAAUCUUUGCUACUGUCUGGAUUCGUGUGUUUAUCUACAGGGCGGGAACAGAUAUUCAAGUAAUGGUGGCCACCGCUUUCACUGUGGCCUCGUAUAUUGUCACAGCAGGUGCCCUGAUCAUCGCUCUUGUCGGGUUUUUGGAUGCGAAGAGGACCCAAAACGAGGAGAUGAUCGACAAGCUCAGUCGCAAGUCAAUCGAGCCCGUUCACAUUCCCAUUCCAGUUUCUAUCACCGUGGCUGCCACUAAUAAUGGUCGAAGACCGAUUCAAUUACCGACCGGGGCCUGGACUUAA